UUAACUAGUAAACAUGCCACCUAAAGCCGGAUCGAAAGGAGCUAAGAAAGCCGCCACUAAGGCGAAGGCCCAGAGAACUGGGGACAAGAAGAAGCGCAGGAAGAGGAGGGAAUCCUAUGCCAUCUACAUUUACAAAGUCCUGAAGCAGGUCCACCCAGACACUGGCGUUUCCAGCAAGGCUAUGAGCAUCAUGAACUCGUUUGUCAAUGACAUUUUCGAGAGAAUCGCCGCUGAAGCUUCCCGCCUGGCCCACUACAACAAACGCUCAACCAUCACCAGCAGAGAAAUCCAGACCGCUGUCCGACUUCUCUUGCCCGGUGAAUUGGCCAAGCACGCCGUCUCUGAGGGUACCAAGGCUGUCACCAAGUACACCAGCAGCAAGUAAACUGAGCAAGGACUUGAACCUCAAACUCAAACGGCCCUUUUCAGGGCCACACAAAUUUUUCGAAAAGAUGCCUUUUAUAACAAUGCAUUGAGAAACGUUUAUUGGUUGACAUUGCAUAUCUACAAAAUAUGCAUACACAAGUGUACUAUGUGUUACACACUGUACUAUAUUGAAAUAGAAUUCAAGACAAGCCAUUCAGAAUACACAAUAAAACAAACAUAUUUAUAUCUCAUUGUGUUCAUUUUCAACUGCAUACAUUUCAUCACUUAUUAUGAUAGCUUUGUAACUUAACCACUCAUUGAUAAAAUUGAAACUAAGAGGGAAGAUGUUAUCAAAAUAGACAUUUUGGCUCUGUUGAAUAUAUAGCAUUAUAGAGAAAUAUUGAUAUUAACAAAAAAGUUUCUAAGUCUUAUUAUUUUCUGUCAUUGAAAUAGUAAAUCAGUUUUGCAGCACCGAACACCCAAAUGACAGCUAAUAAAUGAGCAUAAACAUGUAAUUAAAA